AUGAAAUUAAGUGGCCAGUCAAUACAAAACCAUCCUGUUGUUGAAAAUUUAAUAGAACUGAGAAUUGUAUUAGAAAAGCUAAAACCUUUAGAACAAAAAUUAAAAUAUCAAAUCGAUAAAUUAAUUAGAGCUACUAUCGUUGAUAACAAUGAUGAUAUCAAGUUGAACAGUAAUAAUAAUAUAAGUGGAAAUAGUUUGACAUUGUCUGAUCCUUUGUCAUUCAAACCGAACCCACGGAAUCUUGUAACUAAAUUUGAUGAAACAAAUAAUGAUGCGGAAGUUGGUCUGAACACUGGAGUUUACAAAGCACCAAAAUUGGCUCCAGUACAUUUUGAAGAAGACAAAGAUGUCAAAUCUAAACGAGAACAAGAAGAAUCAAGAUUAUCAUCAAGAGCAUCAAAAUCUCGUUUAAUAAAAGAUUUAAUAGAUGAAUACGAUGAUCGCCCUGAAGAAUCAAGAGUAAUAGGUUCUACCAACAAUAUUCCAGAUAAUCAAAAUAAUGACGAUAUUGAAUUAGAAGAAAGAUUACGUUAUGAAGAAGAAAACUUUAUUAGAUUAAAUCUUUCUAAAAAAGAUUUAAAGAAAUUAAAGAAAAGCAAAAGAUUUGAAGAUGAAUUUGAGAAUUUGAACGACUUUAGCAGUAUUGCAACUUUACACCAAGAUGUUGAAGCUUCGGAAAAAGAGCGUACCAGUGUUCUUGGUAGACGUAACGCAAGACGCGGUUUAUCUUAUCAAGAUAUGUCUGAUGGUGAUGAUGAGGCUUUAUCUUCUAAACGUGAUGGUAAUAAAAAUGGGCUAUUUAACGGAUUAAUUUCUGAUCCGUCACAAAUUAAAAAACGAAAAAAUAAAUUUAACAUGACAAAGAAGAAUUUAAAAAGACAAAAACGCAAAUGA